AUGACAAGGCUCUCUUGCGCCAAGGCGCUCCUGGUGGCGCUUAUCGUCGCCGUCGUCGCUUCCCAGCACACCGCCCUCGCUCAGAGCUCGACAAGCACCACUCCAACCCCAACUUCCACAACUACCACAACAACAACAACUGCUCCCUCAACCACGACCACAACAACGACUAGCACGACCACUCCAACCACUACCACGACCACGACCACAACUACUACUACUACUACAACGACCACGACAACGACAACCACAAGUGCGCCGCCUUCAACAACCACAACCACAACAACCACAACCACAAGUGCGCCGCCUUCAACAACCACAACUACAACAACGACCACAACAACCACAACAACGACAAUCACGACAACAAUCACGACAACAGUAACCACAACCACAGGUGCACCUCCAUCAACAACAACUACAACAACGACCACAACCACAACCACAGCCACCACGACAACGACAACGACAACAACCACGACAACAGCAACAACCACAACCACAACAACAACCACCACAACAACAACGGCGGCACCAAGCGAGGACACGUUUGCGUUUGUGCUGCGCCAGGCGCCGCGGUUCUUCAUCGUUGCUGGAACAACAGAUGCGCUGGAGGCACAGCUGCGCGCGCAGUUCACACGCGCCAACGUCAGCACGAGCGCGGUCACGUUCACCUUCAACGAGUACAAGGGCAUGGUGUUGGUCACAGCGCGUGGGCCCCGCGUACAGAUCGCGCCUGUCCGCGUUGCCGUGCGAGAGGGGCGCGUGCAUGUGAUGGACAACCUUGGCAUGACCCACCAGGCUGUCGCUCUCAACACCUUCUCCAAGGACCAGGACUCAACCUUCCUCGUGCUGAUUGCCGUGCUGGCUGCGCUGUGCGUGCUCGCGUGCAUGAUCCUGUGCUUCCGCCUCUGCGGCAUCAUCAUCACCGGCAAGAGCGAGGAGGCGCAAAUGACGACAUACGAAACGUCAUCACGCGCCAUGACGGCGUCGCAUGGCAGCCGCUCAAGCAAGGCCACCGCGCAGAUGGUGAGCGCAACGACCGCCACCGACCCGAUCCCGCUCGACCGCAGCUUUCAGGAGGUGGACGAGGAGUACACGUCCAUGGAAGGGAGCGAGGAGGGCAGCACGUCGAUGGAUGCGUCCGGAUCCAUGGCCACCACGUUCAGCAACACGGUGUAUGCCCAGCCCUUCCACCCGUCGUCCUUCGCCCAGCAGCAGCAGCAGCAGCAGCAUCGCUUCCAGCACAGCCGUGGGCGCACGCACUCACAGCAAGACCCGCCAUCCCACUACUUUCUUGAAAUGCAGCAGCAGCGCAUGCAGGAGCAGGAGGCACGGCGGAGUCGUGGCGAUGCAGAUUUGCUUGCAAGCAACGACACGGUUGUCCCGCCAACCCACCCCAGGUACCAGCAACCACAGCCACCAUCGUUUGGGCGCGUGCGGCGGGCUGUCUCUGAGAGCGAAGGGAUGCAGGAGUACAUUGCGACACAUCCACAUCGCUUCUCGCACGUGUCUGCGGCCCCGACUGGCGAAAACAUCCACUCCGGGUCCCUGCAGCACCUGAGCGUGCCGUCGCGUCGUGCCACGCACAUGUACGUGGAUGCGCAGCUUGGGGAGGUGCCGUGGGAGGUUGAGGGCGAGGGUGCGGCGACCAUCACGCCAGAUCAGGCCAGCACCAUGCGCACCGCCUCCAACGCCAUGUACGGUCGCCGGCCAGCGUCCAUGUACGCAUCGUCUUCAACAGCACCUGUGAGGCCGCCACCGCGCUCCGCAUUUGGUGUUGUGCCAGACACCACCACACAACAGCAACCGCAGCAGCAGCAACAGCAUGGGUUUCAUCAUCACCGCCAUCAGCAUUUGAUGCACAUGCGGCAGAUGCACCAGCACAGCCGCGUGCCACAGGACACACACGCGUACGAGGUCAUUCCUGCCGAGAUGAUGGGCACCGGUGGCGAUGCUGGUGGUGAUGGCCAUGGCGGCCGCGCUGAUGUUGGGGAGGAGCAGGAGAUGGUGCCAGAGGGGGUUGGACGGGAGGUGCACGUGGAAGAUCUCAACACCUCAUCCACGCUCUAG